UUGUCCAGUGACUUAAAAAGAGAUAUCAUUGUUGCCAUAGAAAUAUGAAGUACAUAUAUAUGUAUAUAUUAUGAACUGUGAUAUUAGCAAAAUUUCAUUGAAUCAUUUAAAUAGCCAGAGAUUGUGACUACAAGAAACUGAAUUGCCACAAUUAUAAAUUUCCUUACUCUGUCCAGUAGCAGCAGUUGACAGAUCAUCACCACUUGAAAUAUUUUUAAGCAUAGUGCUUCAGAAAUGCAGAAAUAAGUCAAACAUGGCGUGUUGUUUAAGCGAUGAAGAGAGGGAACAGAGACGAAUUAAUCAGGAAAUCGAAAAACAAUUGAAAAGAGAUAAAAAAGAUUCACGUAGAGAACUUAAAUUACUUUUACUGGGAACAGGUGAAUCUGGAAAGAGUACCUUCAUUAAACAGAUGAAAAUUAUUCAUGGAUCUGGUUAUUCUGAUGAAGAUAAAAGAGGAUUUAUUAAACUUGUAUACCAAAAUAUAUUCAUGGCCAUGCAAAGCAUGAUAAAAGCAAUGGAUUUGUUACAAAUACAAUACAAAAAUGAAAAAAAUACGGAACAUGCGGAAUUGGUUAGGUCAGUUGACUAUGAAACAGUAACAACAUUCAAUAAGCAGUAUGUAGAAGCAAUUAAAUCAUUAUGGGCAGAUCCUGGCAUUCUAGAAUGUUAUGAUAGACGAAGAGAAUAUCAAUUAACAGAUUCAGCUAAAUACUAUUUAAAUGAUCUUGAUAGAAUAUCUACCUCUGAUUAUUUGCCAACUCAACAAGAUAUUUUACGUGUUAGAGUUCCAACAACUGGGAUAAUUGAAUAUCCAUUUGAUUUGGAUUCCAUUAUAUUCAGAAUGGUUGAUGUUGGUGGUCAAAGGUCUGAAAGAAGAAAAUGGAUACACUGUUUUGAAAAUGUUACAUCUAUAAUUUUUCUUGUUGCCUUAAGUGAAUAUGAUCAAAUUUUGUUUGAAUCUGAUAAUGAGAAUAGAAUGGAAGAAAGCAAAGCAUUAUUCAAAACCAUUAUUACUUAUCCCUGGUUUCAAAAUUCUUCUGUCAUUCUUUUCUUGAAUAAGAAAGAUUUAUUAGAAGAGAAGAUCAUGCAUUCACAUUUAGUUGAUUAUUUUCCAGAAUUUGAUGGUCCAAAACAAGAUCAUAUUGCAGCACGUGAAUUCAUACUUAAGAUGUAUUUGGUUCAGAAUCCAGCUGAAGAUCGGAUGAUAUAUCCACAUUUUACGUGUGCCACAGAUACUGAAAAUAUCCGGUUUGUGUUUGCAGCAGUAAAAGACACUAUUCUGCAGUCAAAUUUAAGGGAGUAUAAUCUUGUGUAGUUGUCCAGUGACUUAAAAAAAAUAUAUUGCUGCCAUAGGAAUAUGAAAAAUAUAUAUAUUAUGAACUUUGAUGUUAGCAAAGUUUCAUUGAAUCUUAAUGUAGCCAAAGAGUGAGGCUGAAGAAAAUGAAAAGCAAAAGUUAUAAAUUUGCUUGAUCCAUCUGGCAGCAGCAUUUUGCAGAUCACAUCUCUUUUAAAUGCUUCCAAGCAUAGUGCCUCAGAAAUGCAGGUGUUGUCAAACUUUUUAUGUAUGAAACAUUUUCAUGUUGGAUUUAGAGAACCAAACAAGUGCCAAAUUACAUACAAGAACAUAUAGAAGAACCAAAAGUUUAGUUUAAAAAAUUAACAACAACAAAAUUGAAUUUGCUGAAAUUAUAUUCAAGAAACAAUUCCGCCCAAUGAGACGUUGUAUUCAAACUUACUAUAGGUGCUGAUUUGACAAUUAAGAACUAUUUUUAUUUAGAUUUUACUAGUGGGCACAUGGCACAAUUGUGCCAUUGUCUGAUAUUUCUUAUAGUCUGUAUUCUAAAAAGAUGACAAAAAUUUUUUAUUAACAUGAGAAAAGAAAUCAUUAUCAUUUUGAAUACGUACAAUGUGGAUUACAUCAUUUCAUUAUGGUUCUAUAUUGAUGAUAUUGUUAAGAAGCUCUGAUUAGUUUACUUUUUGAGACAGUUUUAUAUAUAUAUAUUUUAUUACUACGAUAGCAAAAACACCGUCAGCUUAAUGAAUCAAAAAUUUCAUCCUAAAGCAUAUAUUUAAAAAGUAAUUAUAAUUAAUAAUAAGAAAAGUAAAAGAAAUACGAAGUAUGUAAAUUUAUUAAUAACAUGUAUAUAAAAUGUAUGAUAUUACUGAAUGAAAAGGGGAUUUUAGAUUUGUUUGUAAUACAUAACAAUGUUAAUUGUUGUUUUGAAAUUUUUUCAUCAGGAAAGAGUUGUGUAUAUGACAAAUGUAAUUUUAAGAUAUUCUAUUACAUUCAUAGGCAGUCUAUUGAAAUUCAUAGAAAUCAUACAUAGAAUAUCUGGUAUUUAAAGUCAAGUGAUUUUAUACAUAUAAGAACUUCUGGAAAAAUAAUAUAUUUGCCUUGGCUUGGCUGUGUUCAGAUAAAAUCUGUAACUCAUCUGUCAUGUUUAUGACUUAGCUAUGUAGAGUUGGCACUGUGCAAAUACUUGAUUUUCUAACAGUAUCCUCCCCACAUGAUCAAAACUUUAUCCUUAAAUCUUAUUUAUCAUCAUCAUCAUCAUCAUCAUAAUCAUCACAAAUGCUAAUGUUAUUGGAUAUUGGCAGUGCUUCAUUUGAAAUGGGAGUUCAGUACCAUCUGUCAAUGUCACAACAAUUCUGAGAAAUAGAACUGACCAUUUCAGGUGCUUCCAGACAGUCUAUGAUAUGCUGCCCCCAUUUGCAUGAUAGUUAAGUGUGUUCUAUUUUAGUCUUGUUUCACAUUGAUAUUUUAGUGCUACAUAAUGUUAAUUCUAGUUCUCAACAUCAAUUUGUGUGGUGACAUUACUUGUGGAGUCAGUUAUUUAAAAAUUCAUUUGGAAAGUUUUUCCCUUCUGUGUGAUUAAUUAUUUCAUUUGCACUAAUAUUGACUUUUUCCUAUUGUUCUUAAGCUAAUGUUAAACUUAUUAAUAUUUUUAUUAUUCAAGGCUAGAGAAAUUUCUCUAGUACCAGGAUAAUUUUUCCACAGUUGUUUGACUAUCUUCUUGUCUGAUGCUUUGUUCAGAUUAGUUCUCCAUUACUAACACAUCCUUGUUUACAUUCAUAAAGCCCUGUUGAUCCAUAGAAACAGCAUUAUUUCUGUACUUAUGAGAUUGGAGACUAUAUUUAUGUUGUUCACCAGUUGAAAUAUUUUGAAAUGAUUCUGAAAUUGCAAUUGACUAAUGAAUGCAUUGAUGAAGUUCUUCCAUUAGGUUUUUUCUGAUAAUUUGUAGCAUUUAAUGAAAAUUACCUUCUACAAUAGUCUUCCUUCCAAAUACGAAUGUAAUUCCCAUAAUUUCUUGUAACAGAAUUUUAACAGUAUGAAAUGGUGCUCAUCUUAAAUGGUGACAUCUACUUUUUGUAGUUUAAGUAAUUUGUAGCCAUUGAGCUUUGUGUUAAAGCUUUAGUCAAUCUGCAAUGUUUAAUGGAAGCUUGAAGGCAACACGAACUUUCCUGAAUUCAGCAGAUGCAUUGCAUCUAUUUCAGAACAUGCUACAAACAAAGCACUUUAUUUAUUUUAUUUAUUUAUUUACAUUUAAUUGAAAACGACAGAGACGAUUGUAUUCCACCCCCCUAAUAACAAAAAAAAUUAUCCCCAAUAAAAUGAUUACAAAAUAUAACAGACAUAAAAAAAAUUAUAAAUAAAGUAAAACAAAAGUUACAUUAUAUAUUAUAUAAAAUAGAUUUACAUUUAUUUUUUAAAAAAAUUAAAAUCACGAUAUAGGUAAGGUUCAACAGGCUGUAUGUGAGAUGCUGUACGGUAAAAAAAGGAUCUUUGUGAAAGAGAAAGGCAAAAAAAUGGGAUGAAGAAGCAUGAUGUAUUACGGGUUCUUACAGUAGGGAUGCAGAGACCUAGCCAGUAAUUUAAAAUUAGACCAUUGAAGUAUUUAAAGCAGAGAAUGUAGUCAAAAUAUUUUAAGCGAUCAGAAAGAUUUGGAAGACCAAGGCAAACUCUUGCCACAUUGUGGUUGUCAGUAAAGGGUAAAUUGCAGAAUUUGUGAAUCAGAAAAUAAACUUUAUUUAAUUCAGAUUGUAUUUUUUGAAUCAGAUAAGGGACAGCCAUGGCCCAGACUGGUAAACAAUAAUCGACUAUUGAUUGAAAAUUAGUAAAGAAAAUUGUUCUGAGUAUGGUUUUUGAAUAGAUAUUUUUGCAAAAACGCCAGAUAAAGCCACGUCUAAUUGCAAAAGAUAUGAUCAUGGAAUAUUAAAUUUUCAUCAGAUAUGAUAAUAAGGUCACGAUGAGACUGGACAUAGUUUAUUUUAGAGGAAUCAAUAAAUAUGGAAGGAUGGUAGGGAUUACAAAGUAGAGAAAAACACAUAAUGACAGUUUUAUGGAUGUUGAUUUUUAGAUUAUAACUGGCAAGAUUAGAACAUAAAGAAUUGACAGUGAUCUAAAGAGAGAAGGGAUCAUUGGAUAAAAUUUUGAUGUCAUCGGCAUAGGCAAUUACUUUAGAGUGGGGGUUGAUUAGUAAUUUAUCUAUAUAAGCUGAGAAAAAAAGCAUGCUUAGUAUAGAUCCUUGAGGUAUGCCACAGAUAGGAGAGAAAGAGAAAAAA